AUGAUUGGUAUCUGCUUGUCGUGUUUGAUGUCUUCGCCAAAGGAAUUAUGCCGCCGAUUUCUUGGCUUGGUGCUUCCCAAGAAUUCUCCUAGUUUGGGAGAUGGCGGUCCUCCUCCUCCACCUCCACCUCCAGCACCAGGACAGCUUGAAAAUCUGCGUUUUCACGGUGGCAAUGCGAUUUUCAAGAGCGGACCGCUUUUCAUUUCAUCCAAAGGAAUUGGAUGGACAUCCUGGAAGAAAAGGUGGUUUAUUCUAACUAGAACAUCACUGGUUUUCUUCAGAAGCGAUCCGAGUGCUAUUCCUCAAAAAGGGAGUGAAGUGAACCUGACCCUUGGUGGUAUUGACCUCAACAAUUCAGGCAGUGUGGUUGUCAAAGCAGAUAAAAAGCUCUUGACUGUUCUCUUUCCUGAUGGCCGUGAUGGACGAGCAUUCACUCUCAAGGCUGAAACUUCUGAAGAUUUAUAUCAAUGGAAGACUGCUCUUGAGAAUGCUCUGGCACAGGCACCAAGUGCUUCGAUUGUGAUGGGGCAAAAUGGUAUUUUCCAGAAUGAUCAGGCUGAUGGAGCUGAUGGUUCUUUGGAACAGUUGAAGGAUAAGCAGCCGUUAAAAUCUUUGGUCAUUGGCAGACCAAUUUUACUUGCUUUAGAAGAUGUUGAUGGAUCUCCAUCUUUUCUGGAGAAGGCUUUAAGGUUUAUAGAAGACCAUGGAAUAAAGGUGGAAGGCAUCUUGCGGCAAGCUGCAGAUGUUGAUGAUGUUGAGCAUCGAAUUAAGGAAUUUGAACAGGGAAAAACUGAGUUCUCUCCUAAGGAGGAUGCACAUGUCAUUGCUGAUUGUGUCAAGUAUUUCCUCCGAGAGUUGCCAUCAUCUCCAGUUCCCACAUCAUGCUGCAAUGCUCUUCUGGAAGCAUGUCGAACUGAUCGCGGCAGUAGAGUACAUGCCAUGCGGGUAGCAAUAUGUGAAACAUUCCCAGAGCCAAACCGUCGCUUAUUGCAGAGAAUUCUUCUAAUGAUGCAAACUGUGGCUUCUCACAAAGCUGUAAACCGAAUGAGCACGUCUGCUGUGGCUGCUUGUAUGGCUCCCUUACUUCUUCGCCCCCUUCUAGCUGGUGACUGUGAAAUUGAAUCCAAUUUUAAUGUGGGCGGUGAUGGUUCCAUCCAGCUUCUGAAAGCAGCUGCUGCAGCUAAUCAUGCACAAGCCAUUGUUAUAACAUUAUUGGACGAGUAUGAAAAAAUAUUCAGUGAAGGUUCCAUGUCACCAGGACUGUACUCUGACUCAGAUGAAUGUGGAAGUGAGGAUGAGGAGGUAACUGACGACGACGACAUGUCUUAUGUAGAUGAUGCGACGGAAGAAUCUGAUGUUUAUACAGAUGACAAUCAUGACAAUGCAUCAAGUGGAACCUGCACUCAGAGUGGUGACUCUGGUGAAGAUGAUCCAUCUGACUAUGAGGGCAGUAAUGAUCUUAGUUCUGGUUCCAAGUCCCCUGAACCUGAAGUAGAUAAUGAUUUGAAAGCUGAACAAAAGCAGUCAUCGAUUCCAAUUCAAACUUCAUUGCCUCAACAUGAUAAUGCAGAAAAGAGUGAGGGGAUUCCAGAUCAAAGCAACAGCAGUUUGGCCACAAAGUCAAAUAAGUCAGAUGACCUGUAUGUAGAUGUUUCUACUGGAAAAAAGUUGAAGAAUAAGAUUUCUGAUCACGAUGCAUCUCCAAAUGUUAUAAGAAGUACAACUGUAUCAAAUGGACCUUUGCAGGGCAAGCGCCCAACUGUUUGGGGACGUACUUCUGCAAAGAAGAACCUUUCCAUGGAAUCUAUUGAUUACCCUUUUGAGGAUGAUGUUGAAAUCCAGAAGCUGGAGGCAAGUAAAAUUGAGUUGCAAAAUAGAAUUUCUGAAGAGGUAGAGACUGAAAUAAUGUCUCCUGGUGUCAGUGUCAAAGGUAAUGCCAUUCUGCAAGCCAACUUGGAAAAACGAAAGAAGGCUUUGCACGAGCAUCGUCUAGCUCUCCAGCAAGCUGUGGCAAGACUACAGGAUCAGCUUCAAAAGGAGAUGGAUAAGAGAAAAGUUCUGGAAGCCGGACUUAACACUUCUAUGAGACCCUUGCAAGUUCCAGUUACAAUUGAUGAAAAAAUGAAGGCAGAGCUUGAGGAAAUAACUCAAGCAGAGGCAGAUGUCGCCAAUUUGAAGAAGAAGGUUGACGAUCUAGGAGCACAGCUUAAUCCACAGCAUGAAAAGCACUCUGGUUCUAUGCAAGAUUUGAGCAAUCAGCCCAUGAUUGCUUCAUUACAUAAAGCGAAACGGAAUGAUGAACAGGAGGAUGCUGAAGCUACUGUUACUUCUCAAUUUGGACGUUCUGCAAGCAAGGAUAUGUGUAUGGAUGGAGUUGAAACCCAGCAGCUGGAUUCAGCACACAGUGGCAAUUCCAGACCCGUUUCUUCAACCAAUUCCAGGAGGAGUACAAGAAGUGAGGGAGUGAAUUCCACCACUUCUGCAUUGACAAGGUUGACGACCCGGCUCAAUUUUCUGAAGGAGCGGCGUAGCCAGAUUGCAAAUGAACUCCAGAAUAUGGACAAGGGCCGAGGUUCAGAUCAAAACCUGGAGAAGAGCCGAGGUUCAGAAAUACAUUCAGUUCAAAAUCUAGAAAAAGACAAAGGAUUGGAAGGUUUGGGAAAAGAAGAGAAAUUACUUCAAAAUUCUGAUAAAUCUACAUCAGAUGGCCAAUCACUCCAGGACCUACAUGGUGGACAAUAUGCGGAAGGCGAACAGCUGCAAAGUUUUGAAAGAGGAAAAUCUGAUGGCCAUGUAUCCUACCAUGCCAAUGCAGGCAAAGGUCAACCGCUAGUGACUCCAAGGAUUAAUUCUAGAUGA